AUGGAUCUUUACCCUCCAGAGGUGGAAAGUUGUGACAACUCCGAUGGCAAUCAUCAUACCAUCAACAGCUUAGUCACCGCCGCCGCAGCAGCCUCUUCCUCUACUUCUCCAUCAACCACCUCCGGCACCCCCAGCCGCUACGAGAACCAGAAGCGUCGAGACUGGAACACCUUUGGACAGUACCUCAAAAACCACCGUCCGCCACUCUCGCUGUCGCGGUGCAGCGGUGCCCAUGUCCUCGAAUUCCUCCGAUACCUCGAUCAGUUUGGCAAGACGAAAGUUCAUACGCCAAUAUGCCCCUUUUAUGGGCACCCAAACCCUCCUGCCCCUUGCCCCUGCCCCCUCCGGCAAGCUUGGGGCAGCUUGGAUGCUUUGAUUGGUCGUCUGAGAGCAGCUUACGAAGAGAACGGAUGGCCUCCUGAAACAAACCCUUUUGGAGCUCGAGCUGUGAGACUUUACCUUCGAGAGGUCCGUGAUUUGCAAUCAAAAGCAAGAGGGAUCAGCUACGAGAAAAAGAAACGAAAGAGAGGUCCAACACAAGAACAUCAACAGUUGCCAAACUUUUCAACRUUCCAAGCCCUCCCUCUUCCACCAGGUGAUCAUAUUUAAACUGAUCAAAAGGAAAGAAAGCAAUACGCUUAUG